AUGUCAGUAAUAAAUUCAAAUUUUUGCUCCAAUUUAACAUAUCCUAUUAUAAAGCAUAAGACAAAAGUCGAAUUAGGUAAUGAUGAUACAUCUGAUUUAGCAAAAUGGAAUACUGAAACUCAUGAAACCUUUGUCAUACCUAAAGUUGAAGAUAAACAAAUUGGAAAAAGAAGAGAAUUGUUAAUGAAAUAUUUAAAAAUGCAUGCUUCUAAAGAUGCUUUAGAGGAAAUCGUAGGUGAUUCCCUUUUACCUGAAUCAUUAAGCUUCACUGAGUACAUUGACAACUUUUGUGACAACGAUUUCACUCCUUUCAUGGAAAAAUCCGAUGCUUAUCUUCAGAUAUUUAUGAAAAGUCCUCUUCAUAGCGGAGAUGUACAAACAUAUUACAAAGAACAAUUUGAUAAAGGAAAUUUAAAAGUUGACGUCGAAGUUCGAAAUAGAAAGCGUCCUUUUGUCAGAAGAUCGCUUUUUACGACACCUCCAGAAAUAGCGUUUGAAGAACCAAUAAAUGGAUUUUGAGUUG